AUGUCCUCUUCCAAAACGCUCGACGAAUCCUCCCUCCCCUCCAUCUUCCAACAGCAAUGGAAAUCCAACCCGGACCCAACCGCCUUGCCUUUUCCCCGCGACGACCCCCCAUUCGCCCUCACAGCCAUAGAUUGGCAACAGCUUUCCCUCUCCGACUCGGACUUUACACCACACUCUUGGUCCAAUCUGCACGACCUCAUCAGCACUAACCGCCUCGAAGAGCUGAAACGCUGGCCCAGCGCCUUGAAAGCGUAUCUAGCGUGGACAGCGCACGUAAAGCAGAAGUACGGCAGCGUAAUGACAUAUCUGAUCGAUCAGCGCUUACUCUGGGAACCGAUCGAAGAUAAAAGCGGGGCGUUGCGGUUUGAUGUAGUCAACAAGACGCCAUUUGCGAAUCCUGCUGAUUACAGGAUUCUGAGGAAUGAUUGGACGUAUGCGUUUGUGCCUGGUAUUAAGCACAUUGUGGCGUGGUUGAAGCAGCGGCUGCCGGUAGAUGAAAAGGGCGCGUUGAGUGGGGAGGGGAGGGGUAUGGUGGAGGAUUUUGUGAAGAGAGAGUUUAGGGACAAGGCGGGAGAGAAAGAGGAAGGGAGUAAGGUUAUUUGGUUCAAGAAUACGACGGAUUUGCAGAGUGUGAGGAGUUUGGAGCAUGUGCAUGUGCUGGUGAGGGACGUAGAGGAGGAGGUGCUGAGGGAGUGGAUGGUUUAG